AACUCUCACUGACCCAACUAAUACUGAUUACCUAGAUUUGGUGUGUUCAGUCAACCAGUAGCAAACUCACACACCUGAUGAAGGUAAUCAGAAGGGAGACAUGGAAAAAUAAGCAGGACAGUAGUGCGCAAUGACCAAUAUUAGACAGCCCUUCAUUAGACUUUGUUGCACUAUACCAUCCUUACAUUAAUGAUACAUUACAUUUAUGUACUGUACUCAUCGUUGCUAAAUGUACACACAUUUGUUUAAUACAUUUAAAGCUAAGUUCCUCACUGUAGUUCUUGGAGGUAGUCAGAUAAAUUGAGUAGUACAAUGGCUGGAUAGAUAGAGCCAAGAUGGCAGCAGUGUAGAAGCACACAGUGUGAACGUUCUCCAUAUGAUUCUUGUUGUUGAUUGAUGACAAUGACAUUGAUUAAGUUCAGUUGUGUAACAGAGCUGUGACAGAGCGCUAAAACCUAAAAAAAUCUGCUUCAAAAGCAAACCACAAAUAAUAUCCAGAAAAAAACAGAGGGGCCAGCUCAUCAGUCACACACAGUGCAUUCUAAAAAUAUAUAACAAUGCUGCAACAGUAGGUAGUCCUUAAAGUAAGAACACAGCCAGAAUGAUACUCUAGAGAGAGCGAUGCAUGGUAAAAUACAAAUAUAACAAACCUACUGUAGAGGAUCCUAAUAAAAUUCUCUUAAAAAUACUAGUUUAAUCUCGUUCAUAGUAUGAAUAACAAUAAUGAUAAUGGGCUCCAAGAAAAAAAGAAGAGCUGGAAAGAAGACAAUUUUAGCAAACGAAUCAGCUUUAAUGGCCAGGUUUGCACAGGACAACCAAGGAAUUAUAUAUGGUCUGACUCAAUCCAAAAAAAAAAGAAAAAUAUUUACAAUUUUAAUUAUAGUUAUUUACAAAAAUUAAGAAAUAAAGAAUAUAAACUGCAGCUCACUGUGUUGCAUUCAACAGUGGUUAAUGCUGAGAAAGGGACAGAAACUGAAAACAAUUAACUGUCAGUAGUGAUUACUGUAAGUGAGUGAACAGAAAACUAACUAUAGACCAGCCUACAGUAUCAAUAAAAUGAAAUUAAACAGCACAAAACAGAUAGCAAUUGUCACUACAUUGUAUAAAUAAAACUGAAUUUAAUUAAAUUGACCUAGAUUGAGCUAUGCUGCAAUUGGCUCAAAAUAACUAGGGAAUCCAUGUAAGGUCAUUGGACAAUAGUUGUGCUGCUCCUUUUUAUAACCCGCACACUCUCUGGUAAACUCCCAUUGAUGUUGCUGUGAAGGCUGUUUGACCGGGUUCAGAAUAAUGCUGAGAUAACAGCGACCUAGAUAGUAUUGUUUACUGUUGUUUAAUUCUUUAUUAAUAUUUUGAUUUAAGGAAUCAUUUAGUUUUGUUUUUUUGUUUUGCAUUCAUUGACCUAGUUAUUUUGUUAACUAUGUCUUUACAGAAUUAUUCAAAAGCUGUGACAGAAUUUGACAUAAGUGGUUUUAAGAUAACCAAAAGUCCUCUUCUAGUUGGUGUGGUUAUGCUAAUUGUUUAUGUUAUAGUUAUUCUAGCAAAUUUAAUGAACAUUCUUAUUAUUUCUUCAAGUAAGAAUUUGCACAAACCCAUGUAUCUGCUGAUUUGUAACCUUGCCGUUGUAGACAUUCUGUACACCUCUAGUGCCAGUCCCACAAUGAUUGGGGUUCUAGUUGCUGGGGUUCAAACUAUCUCAUAUGUGCCAUGUUUAACUCAAAUGUUUGGAUUUUAUUUAGGAGGCGUAAUGGAGAUGUUUGCUUUGUCAGUUAUGGCAUUUGACCGACUGGUUGCGGUUAGUUGUCCUUUUCAGUAUCACAGAUAUUUGACAAAUGCACGUACUGUUGUUCUAACUUAUAUUUUGUGGAUUGCUGCCUCUGCUCUUGCAGCUUUUUUUCCUGCAACUGUAAUUCCUCUCCCUCACUGUAAUACAUUGCUCAAGUACGUUUUCUGUUCAUAUGCUGCUGUGGUACGAACCACUUGUGUUAAUCCUGAAUACUAUUUUAAUCUGUCUGCAAUCAUAAUAUUUUUUCUAACAUUUUUCACUUUCAGUUUUAUUUGUUUGUCCUAUUGUGGAAUCGUAUUUUUCGUGAGAUCAUUAUCAAAUAAUGACAAAAAGAAAAUAGGCAGCACUUGUUUGAGUCACUUAAUUGUGGUAAUAUGUUAUUACUUUCCAAUAUUUAUCCUUAGUAUCUUGACCAGGUUUGGUGUGGUGUUAAGUCUUGAAGAACAUAAUGGCUUAUUAAUUGGUACAAUUCUCGGCCCAUGUCUUGUUAAUCCUUUUGUGUACUGUCUUAGAACAAAAGAAAUUAAAAAUAAAAUCAUUAGGGUGUUUAAACAUGUAUGACUCCUUUGUAAAGUCUUGUGAAGUGAAUUCAUUUAAAUAAAGUGAAGAAAGGUUUUUUGUAUGUUUUUUGGUAAAAUGUUAAAAUAAAAUCUAAAAAAAAAAUCUGUUUAAAAAAACAUGGAUUUCAGACUGGAAAAGCACUUUUAGCUGGAUAAAAAGCAAUAUGUUCUGAAGAAGAAUCUGAAGAAGAAAAAUAAGAAGAAGAAAAAAAGAAAUAUAGUAAAGACUUGCGUUCUUGCUUAAACUGAGAGAAAGAAAAGCGUUCAGCUAUCCCUGGUUAUUGUUAGUGCUUAUAUUGUUACACAAUUGUUGUAGGUAUUUACAAAAUAUAUAUAAUGUUGAUUUCUCUUAAUAUUGUUAUAUUAUGUAUACUGCAUGUAUAUGCAUAUGAGUAAAAAUGUGCUGUCAUUUAUUGAUUAGCUCAAUUAAUAAUUUUAAAUACAAUACAUACCGGUACUUUAUAAUUUUUGUAACUCUACAACUAUUAUCACUGUAACUCACUGCUUAUCAUACAUGAUAAAAAAACACUUUUGUUGCUAUUUGAUAAGAAAUGUACAGCAGAAUCAGACCUAUGUGUUUUCAACAGUUAUGGUGAGUAGAAGUAUAGAGAAAAAAACAUAAGUCGUUAGUCAAAAAUUAUUCUUCAGACUCUGAUGUGCGUAUUACAAACAUUAUGGUAACU